AGUUUUUUUUUUUUUUUGCAUUUAGAGAAAAAUGCUGUCAAAAACAAAGUAAAUUUCCCAAUUCGACCAUGAAAUCUGUUGCUACGUUUACAUUGCACACUUCGAUGGAUAACUUCCUUUUAAAUCAGUGUUGAGCGCGUAAAGGAUCUCGGGAAGUGAAGUGCACACGGACCUGAUGACGUCAGAACCCCGCCCACACAUGCGCACUGUGAAGGAUGCGGCGGCUUGUGAGUGAGUCCAAGAUGGCGGACUGACGACGUUUACAAUUUACGACUUAAUACUUUUAUAUGUUCACAAAGAUUCGUCGUUUCUUUAAACCCAUGAAACGAAAGUUGAGUUUGGAGCGUCAGAGUGUGAGCUGAAGUGAAGAUUGAAGACGUGAUAGAAGAUGGACGACUACUGCUAUGCUAAGAUGGCGACGUCAUGUCAAAGAGAAAGUGAAAGAGAAUCAGCGGACAACGAGGCGAUUACUGAAGACAAAAAUGAGCCAGUUGAAGUUUCCAACAACGUCAUUUUGGAGGCAAUCGUAAGCCCUGAACAGAGCGUUGAUGAGAAAUUAGCCGACUAUGUGGAAGAAUGUAAAGAAAGAGCCGCCAUGAUUGUUAGCUUGAAGAAGGCAGUGGAGUUCACAUCAGAGGAGAUGAAAGAAUGCAAAAGUCAAACGAAGAAAGUGGAAGAAGAUAUCGUUUUGAACGAAGAUAUUUUGGGGAAGAGUAAGAGAUGUGCAGUGUGUGAAGAGAAGACUGGACCACAUGUCUACAUCAACCUGCAGAGGACUGGAGACGUCCAGCAGAUGAUUGGUCAUUCAGAAGAAGUUCCACCUCAACUGCUGGGUGAUGGCUCCACUUUGAGGCAAGAGCAUCCAUGGUCCCCCCACAUUAAAGAGGAAGAAAAGGAACUCUUAAUAACGCAAGAGCCUAACCUCAACCAGUUGCCACUGACUGUUGUCUCUGUGAAGACUGAAGAUGAUGAAGAGAAACCACAAGUAGACCACCUCUUAGCUCCACUAUCAGAUAGUGAGGUCGAAGAUGACAUUGAAAAACCUUUGAGCAGCGAUACAGACUGUGAAGGUGAUAUGAGGACUCAAACUGACAACAAACACACUGGAUGCUCAAAAAAGAAAAACGGGGAUAAAACAUGUUUGAUUGUCUCGGCUUGUGGCUCCACUCACGAGAUGAGAUCACAUAUAGAGGAGAAAUCAUCUAAUUGUUCAGUUUGCGGUAAAACAUUGUCAUGUAAGACAAGUUUGACAAGACACCUGAGAACACACACAGAGAAACCUUUUAAUUGCUCAGUGUGCAGUAAAAGAUUUUAUUUGAAGGCCAAAUUGACCGUGCACAUGAGAACACACACAGGAGAGAAACCAUUUAGUUGUUCAGUUUGUGACAGAAAAUUCACAAGUAAGAUCUAUAUGAAAGGACACAUGAGAACACACACUGAGGAGAACCCGGUUAUUUGUCCAGUGUGUGGUAAAGGAUUGUCUUUGAACACCAAUAUGACAGAACACAUGAGAACACACACAGAAGAAAAAACAUUUAGCUGUUCAUUUUGUGGUAAAAAAUUUCACCAAGGGACAAAUUUGCAAAAACACAUGAGAACGCACACCGGAGAGAAACCAUUUAGUUGUUUGGUGUGCAGCAAAAGAUUCUCCUGUCAGGGAAAUUUGUCACGACACGCAAGAACACACACGGGAGAGAAACCUUUUAAAUGCUCAGUUUGUAGUAAGAGAUUUGCUGAUAACGUCAAUCUGAAAGAACACAUGCGAUCUCACACUGGUGAGAAACCACUUAGUUGUUCAAUUUGCGGCGAAACAUUUUCCCGCAGGCUAGCUCUGUCAGGGCAUAUGAUAACGCACACCGGAGAGAAACCAUUUCACUGUUCAGUUUGUGGUAAAACAUACACCACUAAAUUCAAUCUGGUGAAACACAUCAGAGUACACACGGGUGAGAAACCAUUUAGUUGUUCAGUUUGCGGCUUAAGUUUUUCAGACAGGACGCUUUUAAAACGACACAUCGUGAAACAUUCAGUUGAUCAAAGCGUGGUCCAAGAUGCUCGAGAAUCCCACUUACAUUAAAGGGGAACAUUAUCAGCAGACCUAUGUAAGCGUCAAUAUAUACCUUGAUGUUGCAGAAAAAAGACCAUAUGUUUUGUAACCGAUUUCCGAAGUCGAAAAGGGCGAAUUUGGCGAUUUAAACGCCUUUCAAUUGUUCGCCUGUCGGAGCAAUGACCUUUCACCCGUGACGUCACAUCCUGAAGCGGCCCGCCAUUUUCUCAAACACAUUACACACACCAAGUCAAAUCAGCUCUGUUAUUUUCCGUUUUUUCGACUGUUUUCCGUUACCUUGGAGACAUCAUGCCUCGUGGGUGUGUUGUCGGAGGGUGUAACAACACCAACAGAGGUGUAACAACACCGACAGAGAUGUAACAACACCAGCAGAGGUGUAACUACACCAACAGGGAGGGAUUCAAGUUGCAACAGUGGUCAAAAGAUGCGAAAAGUCCCCCGUUUGUUUUGCACACUUUACCGACGGUUGGUAGAGUGGCCGUGCCAGCAACUUGAGGGUUGCAGGUUCGAUUCCCGCUUCCGCCAUCCUAGUCACUGCCGGUGUGUCCUUGGGCAAGACAUUCUACCCAUCUGCUCCCAGUGCCACCCACACUGCUUUGAAUGUAACUUAGAUAUGGGGUUUCACUAUGUAAAGCGCUUUGAGUCACUAGAGUAAAGCGCUAUAUAAAUAUAAUUCACUUCACUUCGCUACGACAGAGAUGGCACAGAGAGGGCAAGAAUGUGUGGAUAUCCUGCGACACUCAAAGCAGAUGCAUCUCCAACAAUAAAGUCAACGAAAUCACAAAGGUGAGUUUUGUUGAUCUUAUUGACUUAUGUGCUAAUCAGACAUAUUUGGUCAGGGCAUGACUGCAAGCUAAUCGAUGCUAACAUGCUAUUUAGGCUAGCUGUAUGUACAUAUUGCAUCAUUAUGCCUCAUUUGUAGCUAUAUUUGCAUCCAGCCUUUCCCUCCACCCACACUUAAUGCCAAACAAACACAUACCAAUCGUUGGUUAGAAGGCGAUCGCCGAAUUCGUCCUCGCUUCCUCCCGUGCCGCUGUCUGUCGUGAUAUGGCUCAAAAGCUUCUGUUUCUUCUUUAAUUUCGCUUUCGGUACCUGCCUCCAUAUUCCAACCAUCCGUUUCAAUACAUGCGUAAUCUGUUGAAUCGCUUACGCCGCUGAAAUCCGAGUCUGAAUCCGAGCUACUAUGCUAUACCUUUCUGUGACGUCACAUGACAAUAGACGGGUGGAUGUAGCGAUGGUGUAAAUCAGGCACUUUGAAGCCGUUUUUCGGGAUAUUGCGUGAUGGGUAAAAUUUUGAGAAAAACUUAGAAAAAUAAAGAGUCCAGUCCAUAGUGGAUCUAACAUAAUAGUGUGAGAGUCCAGUCCAUAGUGGAUCUAACAUAAUAGUGUGAGAGUCCAGUCCAUAGUGGAUCUAACUUUAUAGUGAGACUCCAGUCCAUUGUGGAUCUAACAUAAUAGUGUGAGUCCAGUCCAUUGUGGAUCUAACAUAAUAGUAAUAGUCCAGUCCAUUGUGGAUCUAACAUAAUAGUGAGAGUCCAGUCCAUUGUGGAUCUAACAUAAUAGUGAGAGUCCAGUCCAUUGUGGAUCUAACAUAAUAGUAAUAGUCCAGUCCAUUGUGGAUCUAACAUAAUAGUGAGAGUCCAGUCCAUAGUGGAUCUAACAUAAUAGUGUGAGAGUCCAGUCCAUAGUGGAUCUAACAUAAUAUUGUGAGAGUCCAGUCCAUAGUGGAUCUAACAUAAUAGUGAGAGUCCAGUCCAUUGUGGAUCUAACAUAAUAGUAAUAGUCCAGUCCAUUGUGGAUCUAACAUAAUAGUGAGAGGCCAGUCCAUAGUGGAUCCAACAUAAUAGUGUGAGAGUCCAGUCCAUAGUGGAUCUAACAUAAUAGUGUGAGAGUCCAGUCCAUAGUGGAUCUAACAUAAUAGUGUGAGAGUCCAGUCCAUAGUGGAUCUAACAUAAUAUUGUGAGAGUCCAGUCCAUAGUGGAUCUAACAUAAUAGUGUGAGGCCAGUCCAUAGUGGAUCUAACAUAAUAGUGAGAGUCCAGUCCAUAGUGGAUCUGACAUAAUAUUGUGAGAGUCCAGUCCAUAGUGGAUCUAACAUAAUAGUGUGAGAGUCCAGUCCAUAGUGGAUCUAACAUAGAGUAAGAAUCCAGUCCAUUGUGGAUCUAACAUAAUAGUGAGAGUCCAGUCCAUUGUGGGGCUAGCUGUAUGUACAUAUUGCAUCAUCAUGCCUCAUUUGUAGCUAUAUUUGCAUCCAGCCUUUCCCUCCACCCACAUUUAAUGCCAAACAAACACAUACCAAUCGUUGGUUAGAAGGCGAUCGCCGAAUUCGUCCUCGCUUCCUCCUGUGCCGCUGUCUGUCGUGAUAUGGCUCAAAAGCUUCAGUUUCUUCUUUAAUUUUGUCUUCGGUACCGGCCUCCAUACUCCAACCAUCUGUUUCAAUACAUGCGUAAUCUGUUGAAUUGCUUACGGCGCUGAAAUCCGAGUCUGAAUCCGAGCUACUGUGCUAUCCGCCAUGUUUGUUUUUGGUUGCUUCCCGCAGUGACGUCACAGGACAAUAGACGGGUGGAUGUAGCGAUGGUGUAAGUCAGGCACUUUGAAGCCGUUUUACGGGAUAUUGAGUGAUGGGUAAAAUUUUGAGAAAAACUUUCGAAAAAUAAAAUAAGACACCGGGAACUUAUUUUUGUUGGUUUUAACCAUUCAGAAAUUGUGAUAAUGUUCCCCUUUGAGACCCAAGACCAUGCACAGGACACCAAAUAUUCAGCUGUUCAGUGUCGAGGGGUUGGGAUUUUUCAACAUUUCCCACAAUGCAUUGCAGUUGGCCAUGUUAGAAAGGUUCAUAGUUGCUGGUCAUUCCAGCUUUGAUAUUAAUUAUCUGCCACAACCGAGACGGGAGAGAUAUCACAUGCAUGGGGUUUCUCCUCUCCUUCCUCUUGGAUUACAGAAGUGUGCAUCAAUGAUCAUGAAAUUGUGUUUGUGUUGUGACAAAGUUGUAUAGUAUUGUUGCACACAGACACACAAAACUAUGUAAUAUUGUUUGUAAAUAUGAGUGCUACAAUACAACUCUUACUGUAACCUUUUUAUAAAAUAUACUUAAAGACUUUUGACUCCGGCCGAUACAACAAUUGGAAAACAAUUUUUCUGCAUUGAGGAACUGAAUGAAUAAUAUAUUUUUGAUGAUAGAUUUGAUGUAAUAAUGACUCAGUGUUUUGUAUCAACGUGACACUCGUGUAAUUAGUUGAAUCCCAAUAAGUAAAAUAGGAAGGUCACACCUUGGUGUGGUGUCUCCUUGUCCACUUUGAAGUGUAUAAAACUGUAUGUUCAACAUGAGAAAGUCGCUUCUUGUGUGGAAUAAAAACUGUUGGAUUCCACCUGAGCUGCUGGGUUCUUGGGGCCUAAGGUGGAAGGUGGAAAGGGCCAGGUGGGACCCCCAACGCAUGUCUGAUCUUGAUUUUGUAUAGCCGUCCUACAAGCUCGGUUGAUAGAGCGGCCGUGCCAGCAACUUGAUGGCUGCAGGUUCGAUUCCCGCUUCCGUCAUCCUAGUCACUGCCGUUGUGUCCUUGGGCAAGACACUUUACCCACCUGCUCCCAGUGCCACCCACACUGCUUUAAAUGUAACUUAGAUAUUGGGUUUCACUAUGUAAAGCGCUUUGAGUCACUAGAGAAAAGCGCUAUAUAAAUAUACUUCACUACCCUGAGAUUCCCCAAACUCAUUAAUUCUGGAAGCUAAGCAGUGUCUGGCCUGGUUAGUACUUGGAUGGGAGACUGCCUAGGAAAACCAGGUGCUGUUUGACCUUUGGACUCUUUAAGUUCCUGUUUUUUUUCACUCCCUUGUUUUGUUUCCAUGGUUACCCAUUGCUCAUUUGGACAUACGCACCUGUUUAAUCAUGUCCCUGUUAAUUAAGCAGGUCUUUUUCUGUUGGUUUGAACUUUUCUUGCUCUGUGCUGACUUUAUUCCUGCCUUGCCAUAGUUUCCUGCUUCAUGCCAAGCCAAAUAAUUUUUGUGUGGAUUUAUGUUCAUAGUCUGUUUAUGCCUUAGUUUUGUUUCUUAGCCCAAGUUGUGCCUCCGCUGUGAACGCUUUUUGUUUGUAACUUUUUGGAGUUCAAAUUAAAUCAUGUUUUUACCAAAA